UUUUCCUGUUAUCUUUGAACUUCGUGUUUGUUAGUUAGAGUUCUGCAUAACUGUAAGCUUUCCAAAACGUCAAAUUGAAAGGUUUGAGUCUUUGGGAACAAUCAUGGGAUUUGAAUUCUUGUUCUUCUUUUUUCUGUUAUAACUGAUUCUGAAGUAACAGUGAUUUUGAUUUUGAUUUUGAUUUUUUUUUAUGUAAUCUCUCACUGUUCUUUUGGUAAUACUCUCUUCCAAUUUUCAGUUUUCAGUUUUCAAUUUUCAAAAUGCACAUUUGCUUCUGUGGAAGUGCAAUUCUUGUGUCACUUCUUUAUUGUGAUAUAUAGCUGUUUUUUGUUUUUGUUUUUUUUCCUCCAAAAUUUAUAAUAUUUGUAUUUUUGUUAUCUUUUUGUAGGACUCAUCUGCUGCUGCUUUGAUUGUGUCUAGAGGGAUUUUGGUUUCCCCAUAGAUGUGCCCAAAGCCAGAAAGAAAGGAUCUUUAUCUCUGUCCAAAAUCAAAAAUAAUUUCCAAAAAGGCAUACUCUAAAAAUGUUAUUUCUGCUCAAGUGGCAGAAAUAGGUACUGCCUUUCAAAAUUACCAAGAUGCUUCCUCAAGGACACCUGUGCCUCCUAAGGAUGAUGUAAGUGGUGAAUCCAUUGACAACAAGGAAAUUUUGAAUAAAGAUAAUUCUGAAUCUCAGCAGCAGCAAUCAUUUCCUCUUGAUUCCUCUUUCCCGGAAAGAAUGGAAUCAGCGAACUCUUAUACAGCAAACAUAGAAACAACUUUUUCUCCUCCUUUUGAGCCUACGGAAGUUCAUUUUCUACAUUAUAUUCAAGAAGACGCAGUAGGGAGCAUUGGUGAUAUUGACAUGCCCACUCUAAGAGCUGAUGAAUAUGAUGGGGGAAGAAGCAUAUGUGGCUAUGAAACAUGUGAUGUGUCUGACUUCUACAUUUCUGAUAUGACCAUUACAAGCUUACCCUUUGAUGGAGCUUCAUUUGAUGAAGAUAUCUGUCAGUUCAACUGCUUAUGUGAUUAUAGAUCUUCUGAGCCAACCAUCUGUGAUGCAUCUGACCAGUAUAUGGUCCUGCCUGCUCUUGAAGUUGAAGAUGAUGUUAAAAUUGGUAAAACUUCUGAUAUCAUAUCAUUUGAAGAAGCCAUGGUGGUUCGAGAAAAUGCUAGCUUGUAUUCAGCAUUGUGUUGCAACCAGGAUUCUGAUUUUAAAAAUGACUUGGAUAAGGCAGAUUUUUUUGAUCCACAAUUGUUUAUCAAGAAUUUUCCAGAACUAUCAGACAUAGAAUGGAGUGAUCUUUUCAAUGAAAUACCAAAGCAAUCUCAGAGAAGAAAGUCAGUAACCCUAGUGCUUGAUUUAGAUGAGACACUUGUUCAUUCUACUCUGAAACAUUGUGAUGAUCCAGAUUUCAGUUUUACUGUUUUCUUCAAUAUGAAAGAGCACACAGUAUAUGUAAAACAGAGACCUAACCUCCGCCCAUUCUUGGAGAGAGUGUCAGAGAUGUUUGAAGUAGUUAUUUUUACUGCCAGCCAAAGCAUAUAUGCAAAACAACUGCUUGAUAUAUUGGAUCCUGAUGGAAGGCUUAUUUCACGUCGAGAGUAUCGAGAAUCAUGCAUUUUUUCAGAUGGAAAUUGCACAAAAGAUCUGACUUUUUUAGGUGUUGAUCUUGCAAAAGUUGCCAUAAUUGAUAAUUCCCCCGAGGUUUUCCGGUUGCAAGUGAAUAAUGGUAUUCCUAUAAAGAGUUGGUUUGAUGAUCCAUUGGAUUGUGCCCUGAUGUCAUUGCUUCCCUUUCUAGAGAUCCUGGCUGAUGCGGAUGAUGUCCGUCCUAUCAUUGCGCAGAGAUUUGGUAACAAAGAAUAAGUUUCUCAUUAGACAAAAGAUAGCAGAUCUUCCUAUUUUUUUUUCUAGAUUUAAGAAAAUUUGGCCUCUAAUUAGAUUUAAGUCUCCUUUCCAUUUGAGUUCUUGAGAUGAAUUAACCUUUACAAUAAAUUAUUGAUUGUCUUGUUGUUGAGUCAACAAUUAGUUCCCUUAUCCAGUCUCAGUUGACAUCUCCAGAGUGCUCUGUUUCUCUUGAAAGGUAGUAUCGCAACCAUAUCUCUUUUUCUUGUCUCCCUUUCUUGCUCUGGUCUUUGUACAGUUGAGGUUGGUAUUAUUCUGCGGGGUUGCACAUAAAAUGUUAUCAUAUUAUGGAAUAUAGUUCUUAAAGUUAAAUAUUUUCAUUUAUUAUGUUCCAGGUAAAGGGCCAAUCAAUUGUCAUGCGUGCUAAUUGAAAUGAAAACUACUAUCUAGUUAAUUUUUGCUUGUUCUUUUUUAUUUAUACUGAUUCAGGU